AUGGACGUGCUCACCGCGUACGCGCUCAAGAAGGGCUGGCUCACCGCGAUGGCCGGCCGCCCGGACGUGAACCGUGCGGGGAACGCGAGUACGUGUGUCCGCUCCGCUCUUCUCGUGUCUGCCCGUCUGACCGCGCGUGUUCGCACCCUUCCUGCUCAUGAUCGUGCUCGUGUGCCCGCUGGCUUGCCGCUGCCGCACCUGCACCUGCGCCUGCACCUCCGUGCUCCGUCGGCCGCCGCGCUCGUGCAGUCCUCCGCGCGCUCGCGGAGGGGAGGAUACGACGAGCACGCCGUGCGCGCGCAGCAGCUCGACGAGUGGGGCCACGAGGGCGCCGGCAUCUGGAUCCCGCAGAACGGGGGAGGCGAGGACUUGUCGGAGCCUGACUUGGAUGCGGGCGUGGACGAUACCUACAACGGCGGCGACGGCGGCGGUAGCGGAGAGCAGGAGGACAGUGACUGGGAGGAUGCCAACGCGUCACUGGUUAUCGACGAGGACGAAGUUGUCGGGGACCAGACCGAUAUAGGCACCGUGGCGAGCCGUUUCGACGCACUUAUGGUGAUUGAGGAGACAGGCUCAUCCGACGAGGAAGAGGAGGAUUGA